AGGCGGGCGAACUAUGAGCACCUGUCGGGGAGGAGCUGAUUUGUGCAAGAAGAAGGUCACUUACGCUGCCUUGCUCUGUUAAUGAUGCUUGUAAGCCAGAGGUGAAAGUGGCUCAGCAGAGCAACAUCAGGAAAUCUGGCAGACUGGAAGAGAACAGCUGCCCCCCAGGGCAGCUGUGAAGUGUGAAGCAUGGAGGAAAGUAAGAAUGAGAAGGUGAACCAGGCUCAUGUUCUCUUUGACAGAUUUGUCCAGGCUUCUACCUGCAAGGGGACUCUCAAGGCUUUCCAAGAGCUCUGUGACUAUCUAGAACUAAAGCCCAAGGAUUAUCGUUCUUUCUAUCACAAACUCAAGUCCAAGCUCAAUUACUGGAAAGCCAAAGCCUUGUGGGCCAAAUUGGAUAAAAGAGGCAGCCAUAAGGACUAUAAGAAGGGGAAAGCAUGCGCCAACACGAAGUGUCUGAUAAUUGGGGCUGGACCCUGUGGCCUUCGUACAGCCAUCGACCUGUCAUUCCUGGGAGCCAAGGUGGUGGUCAUAGAAAAGAGGGAUGCCUUUUCCCGCAAUAAUGUGCUGCAUUUGUGGCCAUUCACCAUACAUGACUUGAGGGGUCUUGGCGCCAAAAAGUUUUACGGCAAAUUCUGUGCAGGAUCCAUAGACCAUAUCAGUAUCCGUCAGCUCCAGCUUAUCCUUUUGAAGGUUGCCUUGAUCUUGGGAAUAGAAAUCCAUGUCAAUGUGGAAUUUCAGGGUCUUGUUUACCCUCCAGAGGAUCAGGAGAAUGAAAGAAUAGGUUGGCGUGCAUUGGUCCACCCAAAAACCCAUCCAGUAUCUGAGUAUGAAUUUGAAGUAAUCAUUGGAGGGGAUGGCAGGAGGAACACCUUAGAAGGGUUUCGCCGAAAAGAGUUCCGUGGUAAACUAGCAAUUGCUAUCACAGCAAACUUCAUUAAUCGCAACACCACAGCUGAAGCCAAAGUAGAAGAGAUUAGUGGUGUGGCCUUCAUAUUCAACCAGAAGUUUUUCCAGGAUCUACGAGAAGCCACAGGUAUUGACUUGGAGAACAUCGUCUACUACAAAGAUGAUACACACUACUUUGUCAUGACUGCCAAAAAACAGAGCUUGCUGGAAAAAGGAGUGAUACGGCAUGAUUAUGCUGACACAGAGUUAUUACUCUCACGGGAGAACGUGGACCAGGAAGCUCUGCUAAACUAUGCCAGAGAAGCAGCUGACUUCUCCACUAAUCAGCAGCUGCCGUCACUGGACUUUGCCAUCAAUCACUAUGGUCAGCCAGAUGUGGCCAUGUUUGACUUCACAUGCAUGUAUGCGUCAGAGAAUGCAGCUCUGGUUCGAGAGCAGAAUGGGCACCAGUUACUUGUGGCACUGGUUGGGGACAGUCUCUUAGAGCCAUUUUGGCCAAUGGGAACUGGAAUAGCCAGGGGAUUUUUGGCUGCGAUGGACUCUGCUUGGAUGGUACGAAGUUGGUCGCUCGGAGCCAGUCCUUUGGAAGUUCUUGCGGAGAGGGAAAGCAUUUAUAGGCUACUGCCUCAGACCACCCCUGAGAAUGUGAGUAAAAACUUCAGCCAUUACAGCAUUGAUCCUGCCACCCGGUAUCCCAAUAUCAACGUCAACUUCUUGAGACCACAGCAGGUACGCCACUUGUAUAAUACAGGAGAUUUGAAAGACAUUCACCUGGAAAUAGAGAACUUUGUGAACUCCAGGACACCAAAGCUGACUCGGAAUGAGUCUGUAGCUCGCUCUAGUAAAUUGCUCAGUUGGUGCCAGAGGCAAACUGAUGGAUAUGCUGGGGUUAAUGUGACAGAUCUCACGAUGUCAUGGAAAAGUGGCCUAGCUUUGUGUGCCAUUAUCCACAGAUACCGUCCAGACUUAAUAGACUUUGAUUCUUUGGAUGAGCACAAUGUGGAGAAGAAUAACCAGCUGGCCUUUGACAUUGCUGAAAAAGAGUUUGGAAUAUCUCCCAUUAUGACUGGAAAGGAAAUGGCAUCUGUCGGAGAGCCAGAUAAACUGUCAAUGGUGAUGUACCUCACACAGUUCUAUGAGAUGUUCAAAGACACCAUCCCCUCUAGCGAUAGCCUGGACCUGAAUGCAGAAGAAAAAGCUGCCCUAAUUGCCAGUACCAAAUCGCCUAUCUCUUUUCUCAGUAAACUGGGACAAAGCAUCUCUCGGAAACGCACUCCGAAGGACAAAAAAGAAAAGGAACUGGAUGGUGCAGGGAAAAGGAGAAAAACCAGCCAAUCUGAGGAUGAGGACAUCCCACGAAGCUACAGAGAAGAAAGGCCCACGCUGGUGAGCGCCCUGACAGAGAGGAGAAUUGAUGCUGCCAUUGGGAAUCAGAACAAAGUCAAGUCUAUGGCAACCCAGCUACUGGCCAAGUUUGAGGAGAAUGCACCAGUGCAGUCCUCAAGCUUACGUAGACAGCAACCUGUCCUGCCUUAUCAAGAACGUGUUCACAACCAACCAUCCAGCAGACGAGAGCAGGGCCGUCUUGCUCCCAUACCCCAGUGGAAACAGCUGAGGAGUAAGGAACGUUCUCGGACCUGCCCCAAAAAAGUCAUCAUGCUCUCUUCUUCCUCUCCACCUUCCUCUCCACCGUAUCCCAGGCAGCAGAGAAACAGGGAACCUGGUGCCGACUGUCCCGGGGAGCAGAGUCCCAGACAGGAAAGGAGAUCUCCUGGUUUAUUUUCUGAUGACCAAGUGCCUGAAAAUGUUGAGCAAAGUGCAUGUCAGCUGGCUGCCCUCCGGGAGUGCAGACCUGCAGUGAGGCAUCAGCCUGAGACUGAACCGUCUCGCCGAUUCAUUGUUGACCAGUGGGAGCUCUCCCUUAGCCUCCGUUCUUCUAAUCGCCCUUCUUCACCUUCAUCUGACUCUCUUCGACAGGGCUCGCUCAAAAAGGAAUUCCCCCAAAACCUGGGAGGCAGCGAUGUCUGUUACUUCUGCCGCAAGCGAGUCUAUGUGAUGGAAAGGCUGAGUGCUGAAGGCAAGUUCUUCCAUCGCAGUUGCUUCAAGUGUGAAUACUGUGCGACGACUCUGCGCUUGUCAUCUUACGCCUACGAUAUUGAAGAUGGUAAAUUCUACUGUAAGCCUCACUACUGUUACCGAGUCUCUGGUUAUGCUCAAAGGAAGAGGCCAGCAGUGGGUCCUCUGUCAGGAAAGGACACCAAGGGACCUCUACAGGACGCCAUGGCAAGUGAUGGAAGUGGACGGGCAAAUACCAUCUCCGCCUCAGCAGAGAGGGCUCCAGGUUCUAAUGUAAAUGGGCUGGAAGAGCCCAGCCUUGCUAAGCGGCUGCGUGGCACUCCUGAGCGGAUUGAGCUGGAGAACUACCGGCUGUCACUGCAGCGGGAAGAAGAACUGGAAGAAGUUCCUGAGGAGACACUGGCAGAGCAUAACCUGAGCAGUGUGCUGGACAAAGGAGCAGAAGAGGACGUGGCCAGCAGUAGUUCAGAGUCUGAGAUGGAGGAGGAAGAUGAGGAUGAAGAUGAUGAACUACUGUUGCCGCAGCAACCCCCUUCAGACUUGGGUGGUGUACCAUGGAAAGAGGCUGUGCGUAUCCAUGCCCUCCUGAAGGGAAAGAGUGAGGAAGAGAUUGAGGCUGAAGAAAAUCAUGAGAUUGAGGAGGAAGAGGAGGAGGAGGAGGACGAAGAGGAGGAAGAGGAAGAGGAGUCAAGUGAAGAGGGGGAGUAUUGCCCUUGGGAGAGAGAGCUGCAGCAAGGCCUCUGGCUUCAACGUCUCUCAAAUGAAGAGGACACGGGUACAUUUAAAGCUGGAAACCUUAGACUGCAGCAGAUUGUAAAUCCGGUUGAUCCUCUGGAGAUCCUGGCAGAUGUGCACUGGACACACAUCCGUGAAAAAGAGGAGGAGGAAAAAAUGGUCCCAACCUCAAAGUCCUCCACCUCCAGAGCAUCCGACCUUCCCUCCGUACGCCAUGAGGCGGUACAGGCGUGGCUGGAGACGGUCCCUGGAGCUCCAUGUGAGGAUAAUUAUGUGGAGGACGAGCUGGGCACAGAGCCUGCAGACACAGAAGGGCAGGCAGGUGAAGAGGGAGACACGGGUGCAGAGCUGGAUGACGACGACAUCCCAUCUGAUGCAGAAGCGGAGUUUCGCUUACAUCAAGGUGGUGUAGAAGAGCCAGAACUAAAAGUCUCUGAAGAUGAAGAAGAUGAAGAAGGAACAGAAGGUGCUUCUUGCAGUGUGACAGAAGAUCCAUUCAAGCCAUCCAUCCCUAUCCAGUCAUCUAGUGACAGUGUUCUUCCUCCUUCUCCAGUUGAUAGUCCCAAAACAAAACAAGCAGAGGAUGUAAAAGAUCCCCUGACUGAAGUAACUCAUGCAAUAAAAUCACCAGAGGCACGCUUUUUCCCUGAGCCUUUCCUUCCUGAAGAAGGACCAACGGAUGAAAUUCCCAAAGACAGGAAAGUAAAGAGUCCUUUGGUGCCACCAUCUCCAGUGUUAUCCCAGCCGGUUGCAUCACCAGAAGCCAUUGCACCUACGUCACUAUCAGAGUCUCAGCCAGCAGCACCAGCACUGACUUCAUCCCCAACAUCUGCUCAAACGCCCAUCUGUUCCCAGCCUUUGCCUUCUGCCGAAACAUCCAUUCCAUCCCCAGUGGAGCCUCCAGUAUGUUUCCAACCUGUCCCAGCCUUAACAUCUACUCCUUUAGCCAAACUGGUCAUUAGGGGCCAGGAUAGUGAGUUGGAAAAACUGGGGAGCCCUACUACUGCAGAAGAAGCCCUGAAACGGAGUAACCUUGUAGAAGAGUUCUGGAUGAAGAGUGCUGAAAUUCGGAGGAGUUUAGGGCUCACCCCAGUAGACAGAAAUAGACGCUCAGAGACAAACUUUACUGUAUCUGCCCUUGAGACAACUCCUCUGAAGACUUAUAAUAGCGAGAAUAUUUCAGGGGAUGAAAGGAUCCGUCUUGUGAAACCCCAGCCUGCCCCAAGACGGCAGGGACUGUCCAAGUUAGAAAAUGAGCAGAUUUCUCUUCUCACUCCAAAAUCUCCAUCAGAAAAAGAGCUAAAGAGUUCCAGUGAAGUAAGGAGAGAUGUAUCCAGCAGUUCUGGACUUGGCCUUCAGGAGAGCUCAUCUAACAUGAGAACUAUGGCUAGUCAGAGCUUCAACACUUCUGACUCUACAAUGCUUACUCCUCCGUCAAGUCCACCACCACCACCUCCUCAGGGUGAAGAACCAGCCACUUUGCGUAGAAAGAGGUAUCAGGCAGUCUGGCAGAAUGAGGUUGAAGCCAGGUCACCUCCAACACCAGCAUCAACACCUCCUGCUCCCCCACGCCAUGAGCUGACCUCUGCUGCCAGAGAGUCAACUCAGGCCAAAAAAGAUGACAUGCGGAAGUCUUUUGCAGAGAGUGUGGAUGAGAUUCCAUUUGCUGAUGAUGUAGAAGACACAUAUGAUGACAGGACAGAGGACUCAAGCCUUCAUGAGAAGUUCUUUACACCUCCUACCAGUAGGCCAAGGCCAGAGAAACCACGUCUUUUGCCCUUGGUCAAAGAAAAUGGUGGUCCUCCCUCAAUGGAAGGAGGGGUUAACCAGAAGAAGAGAGUGUUGCCUGAAAUUUCUGCAGAGGCCAAGGAGCUUGCUGAAGAAAGAAUGAGAGCCAGAGAGAAGUCUGUCAAGAGCCAAGCACUACGUGAUGCCAUGGCUAAACAGUUGUGUAAGAUGAAAGAUAUGGAGAUGGCUGCAGCUGCUGCUGCUGGGGCCACAAGGGCACGGAAGGCAUCUUCUAUGCCCUUGAAGACCAAAGAGUUGUUUUAUGACUCUCCAAAGCACCUGGCCUUGAAAAUAGCAGAGGGAUCCACACGAAAGCAUGAUGCUGCUAGCGAGAAGUUCUCCACUCCUGCUGCUGAUAUGGCUGGACCUGAAGGGUCUGUCACCUCUUCAGAAGGCUCGAGUGGGAAGAGUAAGAAAAGAACUUCUCUCUUCUCUCCUCGUAAGAACAAAAAGGAGAAGAAAACCAAAAAUGACAGCAGGCUUUCUGACAAAUCUAGUGGUGGGACAGAGGAAGCAACAAAGCCUAGGUCGUUAUGGAAGUCUGUUUUCUCUGGGUAUAAAAAAGACAAGAAGAAAAAGACUGAUGACAAAUCCUGCCCAAGUACUCCCUCAAGUAGUGCCACUGUGGAUUCUGGCAAGCACAAAGCUUCUCUGUUGGUUACAGCUGCAGAUUUGCAGCUCCGUCAACACCUGAGUUUCUCAGAGGACUCUGACCUUUCAAGCGAUGAUAUUCUGGAACGUUCCUCCCAAAAAUCCAAGCGAGAGUCGAUUUAUGUACCACACGCCUUGGCAUUCAAGAGAUCAUAUUCGUCAAAGAGAGCCUACACGGAAGAGGAACUGAACGCCAAGCUGACUCGGCGAGUGCAGAAAGCUGCCCGUAGACAAGCCAAGCAAGAGGAGCUAAAGAGGUUACACAGAGCUCAGAUCAUCCAGCGGCAGCUUGAACAAGUGGAAGAGAAGCAGAGGCAGCUUGAGGAGAGAGGGGUUGCUGUGGAGAAGGCCCUUCGGGGAGAAGCAGACUAUUGGGGAGAGUCUUAUUACAGUGACCUCAUCGACUUGCAUCUGGGUGUUGAGCCCAAUGCCGGGACACCACGUCGUAGACCUCUCUCCUUCUGCCCUUGCUGUGCCCAUGAAGGCAUGGGUAAGAAGGAUGAUCCCAAGCUGAUGCAGGAGUGGUUCAAGCUGGUACAGGAGAAGAAUGCCUUGGUUCGCUACGAGUCCGAACUGAUGAUAUUCGCUCGGGAGCUGGAACUGGAAGACAGACAGAGUCGAUUACAGCAGGAACUCCGGGAGAGGAUGGCAGUAGAAGAUCACCUGAAGACAGAUGAGGAGCUCUCAGAGGAGAAGAGAAUCCUGAACGAGAUGCUAGAAGUAGUGGAGCAGAGAGAUUCUCUUGUGGCUCUCCUUGAGGAGCAACGGCUUCGAGAAAAAGAAGAAGACAAGGACCUGGAAGCAGUCAUGCUUUCCAAAGGUUUUAGCUUGAACUGGUCCUGAGCUUAACACAUUUACCUCUGCUGGUCUGUGUUGUCCAGUUGGCCUACCCUGAGUUCGCCAGAAUUACAUGGAUAGGAAGAUGUUGAAGGGGAAACUUCAGAAGGGUCCAACAGCAUGCAGGGAUUUGGUUUGAAGCACUCAGAAGCCUUUUGAUAAUAUGUUGGUUCCAGAAGCUUAAGUUUUACAUGUCUGCAAGCCAAGUUGAAGAUAAUGAGUUGAGACUGUGGAGUCUCCUUGAGGUCCUAUAAAAUGGACCGUAUUUUUGUGUGUGUGGUAGGAGGGAGAGGAAUAAUCCAUGUGUGGGGAAGGAAGUUAAGGGAGGAAGUACCCUUAACUGAACUGGAUUUAUGGCAGUCCAUUCCUUUCCCGUUUUUACUACACCAUUUCUAAUAAAAGGGAGGGAAGUGGGAACCCUCUCUGGAAAACCACAGCAGCCUGUAGCAGCCUGUGUGGUGGAGUCGGCUGUCCGAGAGACCUCCAGAAGCCCAGGGCAACACCUUCUUUGCUUUAGUCUUCCUCCCCACCAAAGAAACCUGCAGUUGAUCAUUAUGCAUGGAUAUUAAGAAAAAUGAGACAGAGAAGAUACUACUAGUAGGUGUGAUGGAACUCUCUGCCUCCUGGUUUUUAGAGAGAUUCGGGCAUCAGAGGACUCUCCCUAUCAUGGCCUCCUAAACCAUCAUCUUGUUGUGGGGAAAAAAGGGGAGAAGAAGAGAGAGGGAAGAUGCCCUUCUGCUUUGCUACACACUGGAGAGACAGCUACUGCUGGCCUUAGUCUUCAUGGCCACAGCUCAGAGGCUGGUGGGCUUCUUUGUUCUGUUUUUGUUGUGACUGUUUUGACACUGGAAAAUACUGACUGUGGGACAGUGGUAAGUGUGUGCUGGGGCAGGGGUGUUACCAGGCAACAUUCCCUGGAUGUUAGGCCCCUAAAAGGAAGAAGCCCUUAAGUGACCGAACCACCGUUAAAACUUUUCAGUGUUUUUAUUUUUUUCCUCUGUAUUUUGUUUUUGCACAUUGGAAACGAAGCUUAAGACCUGCCUGGGCCCUCAGUCACUUUGACCCUUUUAUGUCAAUUAACUUAUUUUUUUAAUACUUGAAAGAAGAUUCAUUUUUGUAUCUUUUAGGGAAAAAAAUGGAUGAAUGAUGGGUGUGUGUGCCUGCUGCAUCCUACAACUUCCACUUCUAAAUUACUGGACGUUGUUACCUGUGGCUAUUUAUUAGUGUUCUUAUUAAUAAUUUGAUUGUUACACAUACUGAUUGUGGAGGGAGUGUUUUAACUCUUGUUAGAGAAGGACACUGCUGAGGAUUGGUCCCUGCUUCACAGCAAGGGCAGCCUUUAUGUACCUACUAACGCAUCCUGCCCUAGGAGUUUUUCUUUAUGACAAAAUCCUGCGUGCUUAUGGAGUUAUAAGAACCUAUUUGUAUUCCUAGCAUACUUUUCUUCUGCAUCCCAGAUUCCCUCUGUUGGACUAAUAAACCAAUAAUUUAUUUAAAUUUUACAUUUUUAUAACAAGAAAGCCAAAACUGUAAGGUAGAAAUAUCCCAUAUGUCUCUUUCUCACUGAAAGAGGCCUCACACUCCUGAAGAUACAGCUAAAGGGACUUCCAUGAAAACAAAAAUAGCACAUUGCCUACUGCAUCUGUUGGAAGAAGCUCCUUUUGGCUCAGCUAGUGAAGCUGCUGCUUUUCAGCCAGGAGGAUACUCACUGUAUCCGUGCAUUAACCAGUGAGCAGGACGUGCACUGAGCAAUGCAGCACCAUUCACUGUUUGACAGGUUCCCUGAGCACACCGUGUCCUUAACUUGUCCCGCAGAGCUGAAGCAGCACUGGGUACGCGCCCCAUUCUUAAUGUGAUGUGCUAAGAGGUUUUCCCCCCUUGGGAUGCUGACCAUGUUCUUCUCUUGUUGAAGAAGUACUAAGCCUGCUCUGUGAUGUCUUUGAGAAAGUCUCCCAUUCCCGAGCGUAUUCAUACAGCGUACUGACUCUCUCACCUUGAAUUUACACUGUUGGUGCAAGGCAUCCAAGCGGGGCUGAACAUCCUUUAAUCUUUUGCCCCUGGACAGAAGUUAGCAUGGUUUCUUGCUGUUGGCUCUCUACCUCCUUCAAAGAGGUCUUCUGUAAGCUAGGGUCUACGAUUUGAAUUCACCUCUGAGUCAGGAGCAUACCUCAGGCUGAGGAAGGAUGGGUAGGACUGUCCCCAGAGACUCUGAGUGGUGCUGGUUUUUAACUGUGGAAACAGGUUUCUUCUGCCUCAAGUGUUUCCCCUUUGUCCCCCCUAGUGUUUUCUGCUAAGGCAUUACAAAUUAAAUCCAGAUGCUCGUGAAACCAAGCAGACAGGCAGCUGCAGUGCUACUUCAUAAUUGUGCUUGUUAGCAAGUGGUACCUGCUACACCAGCAUUGCGGAGUGUUGGCUUACCAACAGGAUGUCCAGCAACACAAUUCCCCCCAUUUGCCAGUGCAGGGGCAGCUGCACAAGUUAACUGGCAACGGUAGUUUCCAUAGUCUGUGUUUGAGGCGCCAGUGGAAGCUGGAGAGGAGGAGGGAAGAGAGAGGGAGAGAGAAGCUAGAUACAUAGUGUAUUGUAAACUGUCUCGCAGGGAGAAUUGGCCUCGGUCCAUUUUGUAAUGCACCAUGUAUAUGGACCACAUCUAACUUUUCACAAAAGAUCAUUGCAUGUGACCUGUAGAACAGAAAGAAGAAGAAAUACCAGAUUACUACUUUUUCCCUUUCAUGCUGCUGGCCAGAUCUUUGCAAUGCCAAAGAGUGAUUUCACUUGAGCGUGCAGGAGAGAACUGCAUAUUCUAAACUUGAACUCUUUAGGUUAUGCUGAAGGCCUUCAGCAGUGGGAAUGAAAAUGAAGAGCUAACAUUGCACACACAAAUUAAUUAAAAAUACACGAAAGGGAAUGUUAAAAAGCCUUUUUAUAUCAAAAUGGUUGUAAAAGGCACAACUUGUAAUUUCCUGUUCAGUUGCACUUUAAGAAUAUGACUUGCAUAUCAGAUACUGGGUUUUUUUACUAUCUGACUAUUUUUAAUUCAAAUUUUGUAUUUUUAAAGCUGAAGAAGGCUCUUGUGACCACAAGAUCCCUUAUUUGUAUCAGAAACCAAGUUCUAGCUCUUCGUGGGACUCAGCCGCCUGCAUUCAGUGACGUGUGUCCAUUUUGUGUGUGAGGGGAGCGAAAAGGCCCUCGGCUGCUGAGGAGUGGGCACGCAGGGGCACCCGUCCCCAGGUGACACGGUCCGUGCCGGGGGGCUGGCCGCUUCCUCCCUGCAGCAGGUAGGAGGAGAGCCAAGCUUGGAACCCAACCUGUGUUGGGUUUGAAAUGGGCACACUGAGGAUGGGGCAAGGAGGGGGAGACCACCUCCUGGAAACACCCGGGAGGCAAAUGGGGAUGUGGGAGUGAGGACUGUCAAAACUACUAAUCUACUGUUUUCACAGUACAGUUUUCCUUUUUUUAAACCGUUCUGUUCUUUUAACCAUGUUUUCAUUAAAACUCACAAAUGACUGUAAAAUCCUGAGCUUCAAAGAACUAACGCGUGGGGAGGUGACAAGACCUUUCAGCUCCAACUUCCAGAUAUAUUCCUUCUUUCAGUUAACCAAUACCCCAUGGUCUCACUAGGGCAUGUUACAAACAGCGUUGCUGAACGUAAUUUAGAGCAAACCUCAAGUUUUAAGAGUCUGUCCUUCCCUCUCUCCGUCUCUGCAUUUUAUGUAAAUAUUUGUUUGUAUGUAAAGACACCAGUAGAUCCUUGGGUUACCCCCACGGUCAAGAAUCUGAGUUUUGUGCAAUGCCUAGGCCUCUUAGAACACGGUGCUUGCAUAGAGCUAGUCACCACAUUUGUGUGCACUCUGGUGGUUUUUAAUAUUUUUAUACAUCCUAAUACUGAACAUUAUGAAGUAUUGUAAGUGGUCUAGACUGCAUGAUCUAGAGCAGCCAGCAGUUCCAUUUUCUUAGCAGCUGUUCCUAAAAUGUUCACAGCUACACCUUGUUUGCUUAACAUUCUUCUAAAAUAAGUUUUCAGUUAAGUGUUUACACCAGACACCAGUGGAUGAGAAAGGUGUUGCAUUAUAAAAUCUCCUGUUUGUAUACAAACUGAAAAGCCACAAUAUGGCUUUAUGGGAAUUUCAGUCACCACUGUCUGCAAUAAAGAGAACUCUAAAGUAUACUAAAAACCAGCCUGUAUAUAGUUCACAGAGAAAGAGACCGCUGGCUCUCGACUAUUGCAAAAUAACAGAGAUUUAGAAGCUUUCCAAAAGUUCCUGCUUUUGGAUUGCUCAGAGUACUGCUAUAGGCAGGGUAGCUGGGCAGAUGAGGAUGUCACUAAAAGCAGAUGUGAGGGGGAAGAUGCCAUGUUCUGAUGGCAUUGCAGCAAUGUAAAUACUCUGUAUCUGUGCGUGCAUGCGUGUGUGUGUGAAGUCUAAUCCAGGAGAAGGGAUCUGCUUUGGCAUCUUCUCUUUUGUAUGAAAGUGAACUCUGAUAUUCAGAUUGUUCAAGGCUUUUACAGUUGGCAUGUAUGGAGUGUUAACAGAAAAGCGUAUACCCUACCUGUAAAAAAAACAACUCUGUUCCAGCCUGUUUUCUUCUGUUUGGUUGUGUUUUAUUGUUUGUUUUUAUGCACACUUGCUUCAUUGGUGUUGAGAUUUUAGCACCUCAGAUGGCCAACUGAACUAAAAAAAAAAAAAAAUAAAGUCAUUAAUUAUUUUUU